AUGCAGGCCGUCCAAGCUCACGUCGCAGCGAGAGCCAUCUCACCAAGGAACGUAAUCUUUUCACCUCGCCGAUUGCUCUCCACCACGCAGCCCUGGAUAAGCAAAAAGAGCCCGAGAGCCAGACGUCAGGGAGCGCAGGUUCUGACGCUAUCAUGGAGCACACCGGCAAGCCCAGCGCACGAGACUACCGCUCCACGUUUCUACUCGUCGACGCAAGCUAGGAAUGCUCUUGCCUCGGAAAAGACUGAGCAGAAGCUUUCGGCUGCUCAAAGGUCUUCCAGGGUGCCCAUUGUGGUUAAUGGAGAGACAGUUGAAUUUUCGGCCAUUCUCUUGAGAGAUUCCUGUCAAUGCCCGUUGUGCGUGCACGAGUCGACGAACCAGAGGCUUUUUUCGACUGCCGACAUUCCCAGCGAUAUCCAGGCCCGGACUAUCGAGACGGAUGCUGCCACAGACUCCGUGAAUAUCACAUGGGAGAGGGAUGCAGCCGGGUACACGACCCAACAUACUACAAAGAUUGAACUGGCAGCGUUGAGAGAACUCAGUCGCUCAAGUUGUCCUCCUGGGGCUUACCAGACGGCUCCGCCGCAAAGGUUGUGGACUCAGAAGGCUCUUAACCUGCCGGACUAUGACUACAACACGUAUAUGCAAGACGACAGCAUGUUAUACGACGUAAUCAAUCAGCUACGAAUCGAUGGUCUAGCUUUUGUUAACAACGUUCCCGGCACCGAAGAGGCCCUCGCUACAAUCGCAACCCGCAUCGGACCUGUCAAGGAUACAUUCUACGGCUACACCUGGGACGGUAUGCGCACCUUGCCUAACCCUGAUUUUCCGUCCUCUUUCGGCCCUCAGCUAACGUCCAUGGCAGUCCGCACCGUUCCCGAGGCAAUCAACGCCGCGUACACUUCGCACGACCUAGGCUUCCACACGGACCUGUUGUAUUUUGAGCAACCGCCACACAUCCAACUUCUACACUGUGUCCAGUCUGCAUCGACAGGCGGGGCCAGUGUAUUUGCAGAUGCUUACAGAGCCGCGGUGGACCUGUUCCACAUGGACCUGGACGCGUUCGACACUCUUGCGACGGUCCCGGUUAACUACCACUACAACCAUCCAGACUCCAAUGUUUACCGCACAACCAAGCCGGCUGUUGAUUUGCGACCCCUCCGGAUUGGCGACACCGUCUACACCCAUCUUCAGGACUACAUCAAGGACUGGAGCCAGCUUUCUAGCCGCCAAGGUGGACCUGAAUGGACGGAAGCUAUGCUUGUUGAUUGCAUGGACAAAAUCAACUGGGGCCCUCCGUUCCUUGCACCGUUUUCCAACCACGAGGACUCGAAGCAAUGA